AUGCCGGUAGCUACUACUUCCUCAUCUCUGUCCUUUGUUCCUUCUGUAUUCGAAAUUUUGGAAGGUCACAAGUUUCCUGUUUUCUUUUCGCGUUACCCUGCUGGAAUUAGCGUUUCAGCUCGUGACGUCGAACUUGCACUCAGAAGCAUUGAUGAACAAACUUCGGAGGAAGGCUCAAGGGAAAGGCGUCGAGCACUGAUCAGACACACCAAUCCUUAUGGUGACCCAUUUGCCGUAUGUCACUGCUCAGCUUUACCUGAAAGGCUGGUUCUCUUGGCUAGCUUGGUUGAGGUGAUGUGGAUUCAUGAUGACGUGACAGAGGGAAUGGACCAUAGCGCUGCGUGUAGAGAGCAUCUUGAACUGGAGAAGGUCCUCCGACUUGACAUUGACCCAUCAACCGUCGAUUCGAAAAAUUUGCGACAGAAAACGCUGUCCGUUGUGCUUCGAAAGGCCAUUGAUAUGGACCCUGAGCGGGCCCCUGCUAUGAUAGAAAUGCUGAAAACUUAUUUGGCAACUUUUGAUAACAUUAGUGACUUCACCCGGAUGGAGGAGUACAUUCCCUACCGUAUCGCCAACUGCGGCUAUUGGAUGUCCUCUUACUUCAUUCGCUGGGGGAUGAAUAUGACCCUCAGUGACAAGGAUUACGCGAGUAUAGAGCAAUAUGAUAUUGUAAUGGGAAAUGUCCUCGGUCUGACCAAUGACUACUUUAGUUGGAAUGUUGAGAAGGACCAGGAGACAGAUCGGAUGAGGAACGGUGUGAUGGUUCUGAUGAAGGAGUAUAGUAUCACGGCGGAUGCGGCAAAGAUGAUGCUUCUUGGAGUCAUUGUUGAACAGGAAUCUACGGCGGCAAAGAUAAAGGAGGAAGGUUUGAAGAAGCCGGCUUCGAAGGAGAUCUUACAAUAUUUCGAGGCUAUUGAGUUAUAUAUGAAAACGUUCAGCAGAAUUGUCAGCACUGCUACCAGUUUGCAUUACGGACAUACAGCUUGA